GGGCCGGGGCGGAUUUCCGGCUGUCCGAACGGCGGUUCGGUCUCGGCGAUGCGGCUCUCGGCGGCGGCCUGGAUCUCGCACGGGCGGCUGCGGCGGCGCCUGGGCUACGGGCCCCGCUCGCGCCUCGACCUGCUGCGCAACCUCCUCACCGGCCUGGUGCGGCACGAGCGGAUCGAGGCCCCCCGCGCGCGCCUCGACGAGAUGCGCUUCUACGCCGAGCACCUGAUCGACUAUGCCAAACGUGGGGACACGGAUCCCAAAGCCAUGAACAUGGCCAACUUCUGGCUCACGGAGAAAGAUCUCAUCCACAAACUUUUCAAAGUGCUUGCUCCACGCUUCCAGGCUCAUGCAGGGAACUACACUAGAAUGCUGCAAAUUCCUAAUCGUACAACUAUAGAUCGAGCCAAAAUGGCAGUCAUUGAAUACAAAGGGAACCCUUUCCCGCCACUCCCCAUUCCACGCAGAGACAGUGGAAAGACCCUGGUGAACCAGCUUCUGAAAGGUUAUAAGGACGAUGUGUUCCGGACCAAAGGAGCCCAGCUCCAAGAGGGGCACGUAGGCACAGCGGUGUAGAGAUGCAUUCACACGGUGCGAGAGAAAUAAAGCAGAAUGCCGGGACGGUGGGCACUGAGCUGGUCUUUCAUGCAGGCUUUUGGCUGUCUCUUAGUUGGUAAAAUUGUGCCCUCCCCCCCCUUCCUGCAAGGAAUGUCUCCCGGCAGCCUAUGCCUUUGUUUUAUGGACUAUGUUAGGCAGGAGGGGCUGCCCCUCAAAUUGCAAUUUGACUUUGGAAAUUUAGAAGAAAAGUCCUAUUAUCUUGAUUAAUAAAUGUAGCCAUGGGGCAAACGCAUUA